AUGGCAUUCAUCACAAAUAGCAAAUUGAAAGUGCCAACAACGGACCUGAUUAACACCAUGAAGGAAAAAAGAUGCUUGUGGGACCGAAAUAGCAUACAUUACAAGGAUAGGGUAAAACGAGACCAGGCUUGGAAAGAAGUGUACAAAGUGUUUGAGCCAAAUUACGACAUGCUGCAGGAAAGUGAACAAACUGAAAUCGGGUCCCAAGUCACGAAAAAAUGGUACAACAUAAGAGACGCGUAUGCAAAAUGUUUUAAAGUCGGUGGUGGUAAACGAAAUUACGUAUAUUCUGAACUACUCAGUUUUUUAGAUCCAAUUUAUUAUAAGGUCAAUAACUCUGAAAUGGAAGAAAAUAACUUAAACAUAGAAGACAGUAACUCUGCAGAAGAUAACGAAGACAGCUCGUCAAAACAUCGGGAUGAGAUUUUUCUCGAAAUUGAGGAAGAUGAUUUAGAAACUAAAACUAAAACAUCUAAAUUAAGAAAUUCUCCGGAAUCCGAUACUUGGUACGGAUCAUUUAGUUCGUUGAAAAAGAAAAGAAAAAGAUAUAUGCAGUCCACUCCAAAUAGUAGCAAACGAAACGUGCCAACAUUGGAACUUAUUGAGGCGGUAAAAGGCAAAAGAUGCUUAUGGGACAGAAGGAGCAUGAGUUACAGAGACAGAGCGCAACGAGAAAUAGCUUGGAAAGAAGUGUACAAGAUGUUUGAGCCAAAUUUUCACGAACUACAGGAAUCCGAAAAAAUGGAUGUUGGGUCACAGAUUACGAAGAAAUGGUACAACAUUAGAGAUGCAUAUGCAAAAACGUGUAAAAAUUUCGCAGUCAAACGGCAAAAGUACGUGUAUGCUGAACAACUUAAAUUUUUGGAUCCCAUUUAUUGCGAUCAAAGCAACUCGGAAACGGAGCCAAAUAUUACGAGUAUUUUAAAAAAUGCCGAUGACUCUCAUUCUGAUAACGACGAAAAUUUAGGGCACUUCCAAGAAGAAGUUUUCUUAGAAGUUGGAGACGAUAUAUUUGAAUCUGGCACUAAUAGAUCAGAAUCAGAAAAUUUCUUAGCAUCCGAAGGAAAUAAUUCCUUAACCGUAGAAAAGAACCGUACAUUACAAAUUUUGGGAAAUUUAAUCGAGAAAGAGGAAGACGAAGAUAGAUCGUUCUUCAAAGCUGUACUAUCUUCUGUGAAAUCACUUUCAGAAGACUCAAAGUUAGAAUUUAGAAUAUCUGUACUAAAACUUAUUCAAACUUUGAAAACUAAAGACAAGCAAAGAAAUUCCAUUAAAACAGAAAUGUCUAGAAUUUAUUUGGAAGAUGAGUGA